AUGUUUGAAAAGACGCUGACCGCGCUCAUCAAGGGGUUGCGGUCGCAUCGCGGCAAAGAUGAGGCCAAGUACAUUGCCGCGAUGAUGGACGAUAUACGCGGUGAGAUCAAAAGUGCGGAUAUGGAUAUCAAAGCUGAGGCUGUAUUGAAACUUGCAUACCUUCAUAUGCUGGGCUACCGCUUAUCGAGCGCUUCAUUCCAUAUUCUAGAAACAAUGGCAUCUUCAAAUUACCGCUUUAAAUUUAUCGGAUACCUUGCCGCGUCCCUGUGUUUUUCAGAAGAUACAGAGGUACUUAUUCUUGCCACAAACCUUAUCAAGAAGGAUUUGCACUCAGCGCAACCCCUCGAUGUGCAGGCUGCGCUGCAUGGCCUCUCGCACAUCAUGACCCAAGAGCUCGCACAGCACCUUUCUGAUGAUAUUAUCCUGAUGCUGUCACACACACGCGCGCCCGUGCGUAAGCGCGCCGUGCUGGUUUUACAUGCCGUCAUCCUUCGUUGCCCCGAGGUGUUGGAUCGUACUUAUGAGCGUCUCCGCGAUCUCUUGUGCGAUGAAAACCUUGGCGUUGUCACAGCUACUGUCAAUGUUAUUUGCGAGCUUGCGCGACGUAAUCCUGCGCCAUUCGUGCCGCUCUCGCCUCAAUUGUUCGAAAUCCUUACCAUGUCAAAUAACAACUGGCUCCUAAUCAAGGUUAUUAAGCUCUUUGGCGCUCUUUCGCCAGUAGAGCCACGCCUCGUGCGUAAACUGUACAAACCCAUCAUGUCUAUUAUGUCUACAACACCUGCCAUGAGUCUACUUUACGAAUGCAUCCAUACGGUCAUUAUUGGUGGCAUGCUCGAACGCGGUGAUAGUGAUGAACUGGCUCGCCGCUGCGUUGAAAAUCUUGGUGUGUUUCUGCAAAAUGAUGACCAAAACUUGCGCUACAUAUCUAUUCUGGCGCUGGAUAAGCUCGCACCCUCCCAUCCUCAUUUGGUGGCCCAACACCAAAAUGUCAUUCUCAAGUCUAUCCAGCAUCCAGACAUGACUAUCCGUGUCCGUGCUUUGGAAUUAGUAGCACGAUUGGCGACGGACCCCAUGUCGCUCCGCCCCAUUGUCGACUAUCUCAUGUUAUACCUCGGCUCCGCGGACGAGACUCUGGCCGCGCCUAGUGCAGCCCAAACUCUCCAGCGCACCUUGGAUGCAGACCAAGCCCAGGUUUUAGAGACAUCCUGGACCUCAGACUUAUCAGGCUCAAAGUGUACCGAGUUCCGAACUCAAGUCGCUGAAUGUAUUCUUGAUCUUGGCGGUGCGAAUCAUUUUAGUCGCAUCCGCGACUUGUCAUGGUAUAUGCACACGCUGAUCCGGCUGGCACAUCUUGUAAAUGAUAGCGUGAUACCACGCGUCGUCGAUCAGCUCAUGGAAUUCGUGUUUUACCACAGUGAAAUUCAGGCUGAGGCGAGCUCAGUGCUUUUCCCCAUGCUUUUGGAUCCUCACAUGUACGAUGCGGAGAACCCCAUGUCGGAAGUACUUCGGGCUUGUGCUACGAUUUGCAGCGAGUAUGUCGAGCAAGUUGACUCCAUUCCUCGAUUCAUUGAAGCACUUUUGCAGGAUGCUAUACUAAGUCUCUCACCACCUAUUAUUUCCGUCUGUAUUCAGAGUGCUAUGAAGAUGUUUGCAUAUUGGGCGGCACAGCUCUCGGAUACGUGGAGUCAAGGUACAAAACUGCAACUCUUGGCCAUCACAGAGACAAUGCAGUCACAACUGACAAAACUCGCAUCGAACGAAGAUGCGGAAGUGUUUGAGCGCUGCAAAGAGGGACUUCAGCUAUUUGAGCUUUUGCAAAAUGGACUGAACGUUCCGAGUGAUGCUCAACCCAAAGAAGAGACGUGUGAGGAACAAGCGUCAAGCUCUGAAACUUCGGCUCCUCGAGCUCUGUUUCUUCUCUUGCCUCUAUUUUAUGCGCGCUCGGAACUAGUAGAUUCCCCUGAGCCCCUUCCUGCGUCUAUGGACUUGCAUGCGUGGAUCGCUCCAGAAUCCUCUUGGACACUUUUGUUGAAUGUUGUGGAACCGGCGCCGAAGCCACCCAAACGAACAAAACCACCCCGGCACACAGUCAUGCUCGAAGAAAAGGUUCCAUCAGGAGCAUCUCCGCUAGAACCUACUUCGUCUCAGCGCCGACCACAAGCCGACCCUGACAAUCCUUUUUAUUUAAAACCUCGCUCGAAGAAGUCUAGCAAGAAAAAAGCCGACAGCAGGCCAGUGCCUCCACCUCAGUUGAAUCAAGAUGAGGAAGAUCUCCGCGACAUCCCCAUUGUAAAACUGAACUUAUCUGACUUUGCAUCGCAACAGCAUCGUUCAGAUGAUACCCUUGCUCCUAUUUCGAGCAUCCAGCCCAAGGUUGUAUCUCACAAAAAGAGUGCGCGUAGGAAGUAA